UGAAAAGCGACUUUGGCCGUCAAAUAUAUCCAUCGCAGAUUUGCAAUAAAUUCACGUACCCUCUCUUUCUCUCUCUAAAUUCCCUUCUUAAUUCUCUCUCUCACUCUCUUCACUCCUUAAACCUCAUCUCUCUGAUUAAUCAAGCGUGAGAUGAUCGAGCUUCUUCACAAUGGGAGAAGCAGAGGAUGAAUUCGAACCCUUGUUUGAUUACAGUCGUGUUCAACCCCUUACUUUCGUCGAUCUUGAAGAUGUUUCAGAUUCACCUCCAUUUACCAUGUCAAAGAAAAAGAAGCCCACUAAGCCCUCCAAUCCCGCUGAGACAACGAAAAAAGUAGAAGUGGUUACUCUUGAUGGUGAAGAAGAGGAAGAUUGGUUAGCCCCACCUCCAAAAAGUCCAAAUACAAAACACAAUUUUGAUGGGGACUCUCUCUUAAUGGAGUUAAGGUUGAGGAGGCAAGAAUUGGCAUCUUUGGCUGCCCAAUCUGCUGACGAAGUGUUGCGUAAGUUGGAGGAAUCUGCUAGAAGCGAACUUCAUCAUUCUUUUGAAUCUGGCCCAGAACCACAAGAACCUUGUUCACCAAAGCUUCCUAAAGAGAGGGAGAAAGUUGUGAUUGCUGUUCAAGACAAGGAUGGAUCAAAACAAUUUCGUACGUACAAGGAUGACAAAUUUGCGAAGCUAUUUACGAUGUAUGCUGCAAAAGUAAAUGGAUGCUUGGAAAGCAUGUCAUUCUCUUUUGAUGGGGACAAAAUUUCUCCGACUGCUAGCCCCUUUUCUCUUGGCAUGGAAGACAAUGAUAUCAUUGAAGUCCACAUUAGGCGUCAGUAAAUCAGAAGUCAUUGGAUGAGACUCAAGAGAAGCAUGAAGAAAUACUCAUAUGCAGGAGUAACUAUUGUGGAUGGCUGUAAAUAAUAGAUCCUGUAAGGUUUUUAAUUUUUCAAUAGAAUGAUAAUGCUGCUUCAGAUCUUCCUAUUGAUAGAUACUCUUGUCCAUGAUUGUUUCACAAUAAUAGAUUCUCAGAAAUUGGAAGCCCAUCAUUCAUUCGCUUUAAUGAGAAAUUUGUCUAGCAUCUUGAUAGUAUCCUUAUAAUCAAGAAACUGAUGGCGUUUCUAUAGUUGGCUGAUAUUAGGGUUAAAAAGGUGAUGAAAAUACAUUUCUUUUUCUGUUUCUCUAACAUGAAUCUGUAUUCCUUAUAAAUCUGGUAAGAGAGAGAGGUUGUGGCCUGAACUGAGUAAACCAAGGGACAUGUUCAGGAGCUGGCAUGUUGGACACUGUUCAACUUUCUAUUAAGAAGAAAAGGAACAUAGUCCUUUAAGGUAUGGAUAAUGUUGAAUUUGUCCGCUGCUGUAGGUUGAGUGAUCUGCCUCUCAGAGGUGUUCAUCUGAGAGGAACCUGUAAUGACGCCCUGGGAUUGCUUAAGCCUUAAAGGAGUGAUACAGUGUCCUUUUGCCCUGUAUCUGACCAUAUGCUGAUGUUCCUAUCCAUGGUAACUUUUCAGAAAACAAGUUAGAUGUUCCUGGGUAUGAAUCCAGCUAGGGAGGGCUGGCCUCUUUUCAUUUUGGGAACGUCCUGUCUAAUUUUAAGGUUCUGGACAAUGACUUGGAGAAUAGUGAACGUUUUAUGAGAUUAAGGGAUGGUUGGGGUAUAUAUUUCAGAAUAAUUGGUCAAUCAGCAACUUAAAGGAUGGCACAGAAGACGAUCAUGAUUUGGAGGUUCCUGCCAUAUUAGAGGAAAUAACCACAAACUUGAGGCAUUAGAUAGAGUGGCAAUCUGUCAAUCCAAGGCAGGAGGAUAUUAGCUGGAGGAAGAAAUCUAGGAGAAGUGACUGAAGGAUGAGGUUAUGUGGAUAAGUGACUUCCUUUAGAUUUUAAAUGCGUCGGUGUUGUAAUUUCUUGGGAACAGUGAGGUGAUGGAGAACAAUAUUAGGAAUGAUAUUUGCAUGGCCAAUGUGGAUUUGUGGGCUUUUUCCAAAGGUUGUAUUUCACCAAUAAUAUCAGGUGACUGAAAAUUGAUGUAGGAUCAUUAUAUGGUGCAUCUGGUAGAGAUAAAGCCUCGGUUCUGAAUAGGUUUUAUUUACCAUGAAUUUCUUUGGGGGUGCUACGAUAUUGUGAAAAGUGUUUAGUGGAAUUAUUUGAGUUCCAUAAGAAGGCCCAGCUCAAUAAAUGAUUGAAUAAUAGAAUACAAUUUCAUGUACAUCAAUCCUUAGAGCCAAAGGAAAGGAGGAUACUUGGGAUUUCAGUUCCAUUAGCCUAGUUGGAGGCAUUGCCAAAUUUUUGCCAAAGUGUUGUGGAAGAUGCUAUGGGAGACUUUAGGGUUUCUCUUCUUUCACCCCCUACAGGGGCCCUUCAUUCAAGGAAGGGAGCUUUGGGAUGGUGGAUGACAUGGUGUUGCAACAAAGGCUCAAUCAAGGGAUAUAGACAAGGUUCCAACUAUGUUUUUUGGGUUUACCUAGAUUAGCUGCUCGGGAGGAUGGGUUUGGGGCUUGCUGAAGAUAUUAUAAUGAGAACAUGAAUUGGGAUAAUAUGUCUGAUAAGUAUAUAAUAACAUGGUAAAAUAGGAGGAAUAUGCAGGCAAUCCUCAUUUAGCAUAAUGAAAGUUCAAAGCAUGCUUCUGAACUUACCCGAUUGGGAGGGAAGGAAGCGGGAGGGAGGGAAGAAGGAGAGACUUAAAGGUCAGACAACUUGCUAUAUGUCAGUUACCAAAGGGUUCUCGAAGGAAUUGAAGGGGGAAUCAAGGGGUCCUCAGGUUGGUUAUCUAUUAUGCAAACUGGAUGUCCUAAUGGCUCGUUUGGUUGGACUUGGUCCAUCUCAAGGACUUUCGGCCAACUUGCUAUAGGUUAGUUACCAAAGGAUCCUCAAAGGAAUUUAAGGUGGAAUCAAGCAUCUCCAUGAUCUUAUAAUGCCCUUGUCUAAUGAUGGACUGCCAUUUUGUGAUACCAAUGCCAUCUGUUUGGACACCUUCAUGAUGAUUCCUUUGAUUCUAUAAUAUCCCUUGAAUUUUUGCCUGCUUGCAAUAGAACUAAGGUGUCUGCAAUCAUUACAGGCUUCGCAUUGUUGUAUUCAUUUCAUCUAAUAAUCCUUGCAGUUUAAUCAGCAUAUGUCAACUAAGGGUUUUGGUCUAGGGGUUCUGUGACUCUUUGUCAUUAUUUUCUAAUUUCAAUAACUUUUCGUUUUUUAUGAUAGAUCAUCACUUUCACAAAACGGAAGAACUAGAAUCUUGAAAAGAGAAGAAAAGGGGACUUGGAGUGAUUUGAUUUCUCGCCAGGAGAGGAAAAAGAUAACAUAAAAAGGAUGUUAAUUGAUCUUAUCUGCUUGUAUCCAUGAAUUCAUCUGUUUGUUGUGUUUUAGCAUGCUUUUCCCAGUGGAUGUCACGGUGUAGUCUGCUCUACUGCAGGUUUAUGCUCUUUUUGAUCAGGUGAAAGUAAAGUGUUUCAGUUUGAGAACAUCAAAUUUAAGACUCACUUUUUAAACUCUAGAAGCAAAUACAAGGACUUCAACAAUGACAAUUUUGGAAAGGCUUCUAGCUGCAUCCAGAGGGGGUGUUUGUCAUUUUUGGUGGGCACUUUGUACUUGGGGGCAGCUUUGGUUGCUUUUAGUCCUAUAAAGGUCACAAGGUUUUGGCAAUUCACCCCUAACAAUGCUAUUAGUUGUGGGGUACUGAAUGCAGGGAACUUUUAAUUUUCAUUGCUAAAAUACAUGCUCAUUGAUCCUCACCUUUUAAGUGUAAUAUGUACAUGUAUGUAUGCACGCAUGUCUAUAUAGUAUUUAGCCGACCCCAAUUAGUUGGAAAAAAGUUUUGAUGAUGAUGAUCUAUAUAAUAUUUCUUGACAUC